UGAUUUUUUUAUUGGCAAUUGUGUAAAUCAUAUUUCUUUGUAAGUGUUUAAAAAGUGACAUUAACGAUCAUAUAAAUAAUAUCAAAAUUGCGGAAGUGAACAUUGUGUCAUAUAUUCGUGACACAAAUAAACAAACAAACGUGUUUUUGAUAAAUGCUGCAUCGGACCAAGUUCCCGUCAUGUCUGUUAUUCAUGCCUUGAUGAUCAUCCCUGGUGAUGUGGACCAGACAAGAGUAGCCGAGCGCAGACACCAUCACCCGCCCCCCCUAUGUGUAUAUAUUUUUUUAAUACUUUGUGAGAAAAAAAAAAAAACUGUCAACCAUAUCCAAAGUGCAGGACCAAAGAGAAGUAAAUAAUGUAUGCGUUUGUUCGAUUCUUUGAAGACGAUAUGUGCUACGCGUUGCCCGUUUCAAGUGUGGAAGAUUUCAGACCUCUGCACAGAACAGAUUUUGAUAAUCAGAAGGUGUAUCUGGUUCACAGAACUGAAGAGAAUGGCAGCGCAGGCCAGCCGUGCGAAGCGCAGAUCCUUGCCCUUGCAGAUACAGUAGAGGAAUUUGAAGACAGUAUAAUGCAAAAGAAGAUGAAAAUUCCCAAGAUGUCCAUCGAGAAUUCAGGAAACUCUAUUGAGAACAAUUUUGGAGAAGAGAGGUUGCCACUCAGGCAUAAAAAGGCCCUGUCUCAGGACCAUGGACGCCCCCUGUCUAACUCCUCCAAGAGCCUUGCAGCAGUAGUGGCUCGCCUUGAAAGAAAUGCAGCCAGCUCCUGUAUGGAGGGUGAAGAGGACCUGGAUGAGGACCGACUUGCUGAGGAGGUAGAGGAUGCAGAAGAUGAAGAUGAAGAUAUGGAGGCAGAACAUCAGCAACAUCAUCACCAGCAGCCGCAGCAGCAACAACCGCAGCGUUUGGAGGUGGAUACAGAUUGUGUGUCGGAGGUAGCUGCAGCCGUGGUUCCUAGAGUCUUGUAUGAAGAGCUGGUUCACAGCUACAGGCAACAGGAGGAGGAGAUGAGGAGGCUGCAGCAGGAGCUGGAGAGAACCCGUAGACAGCUCGUACAGCAGGCCAAGAAGCUGAAGGAAUAUGGCAGCUUGCUGACAGAAGUCAAAGAACUGAGGGACUUCAACAGGAGGCUGCAGGACGUACUUCUUAUGAGAUUGGGCAGCGAGCCUAUGCAUGACAAUGGCACUCAGACAAUCAAGGCUGAAGUGGUUGAGCCCAUUGUUGACGCCCAGGAUACCUGCAGAGAAGAAGCCAACACCAGUUCCAGCUACUCGCCCUCACCUAGAACAGUAUACACCUGCAAUGAUGGGAAGGUACACCUUGGUGGUGGAAUUUGGGUUGAAGAGGAGAAGUGGCACCAGCUCCAGCGGACCCAGGGAGACUCCAAGUUCACAAAGAACCUGGCUGUAAUGAUCUGGGGCACAGAAACCCUCAAAAACCGCAGUGUCACAGGAGUGGCCACCAAAAAGAAGAAAGAUGCUCUGCCAAAACCUCCACUGUCACCCAGCAAGCUGAAAAUCGUCCGAGAGUGUCUGUACGACAGAGUGUCUCAAGAGACAGCCGACAGUGCAGAGAUUACGCAGAGAUUAUCCAAAGUGAACAAAUACAUUUGUGAAAAGAUAAUGGACAUCAACAAGUCCAUCAAGAACGAGGAGCGUCGGGAGUCCAAGCUGCUCAUCAGACAGACAGUCAAGAUGGAGAACUUCCCCUACGAUGGCAUGUAGUGGUCAACUGCUGUCACACCAGCGCCUUCUGCCCCCAGUGGUUCACAGGAUAUUUAGGGGACUCUGAGAUGGGUGGUUGGGGGAUAUUUGUAACAGUUUCAGGAGUUGUUUUACUUUGACACAUUGGAUUGGUUAUUCUGUGAAAUUUUUACACAAAUAGACCUCUUCCCACCUCCCAACAGAACAACCAUUACCUUCCUCAGUGCCCAGUUUCCUCAUUGACCGUCAGACAGCUUUACCCAACAGUCAGAAGUUGAACGAAUGUGGAUCAGUUUAAUAUGAGCUGGUGUGAGUGAUUUUUUGUUUUGUUUUGUUUCAAAUUUGUCGUGGAAUUGGUACAGAGAAAUGGUUUAUUGAGGUAUAUGCAUUUGUGUCAAAGGAGAGAUUAGAUGUGAUUGUGAAAUUAAUUUAUUGUUCUGUGUCAGAACAUAAUCUUGCGUCAUUAAACUUUUAAAAAGUUAGAGGUUAUUUCCCUAGACAAAGUCUUCUGAUGCUAUAAAGAUGAUGAUGCUAGCUUGCAUUAGAUCUUAGACAUAGUCGGAUGUUUGGUGACGACCCUAUCACCGCAGAUACUUACUCGCUGUUGGUACUUAAUGCGUAGAAUGCAACGUCAUCAUCUCAAAUGUUUAAGUCUUAAUUGGUAACAGCCAUAUUACAUUUAGCAACAAUUGUGUUGCUCCGUGAGAUGAAUGAGUGUGUGCACCCCCUUCAAAUAUAGGUCAAUCACAACAAAUCCCUUUAUUAAGAUGAGGGCUUACAGGGGUUUAAUAAGAAGUAUGACUCUUAAGGAAGAGUCUAUGGAGUGCUGUAUUUGUUUUGUUUUAUAUGUUGACCUUUUAGCGGUGAACAUUAGCCAUCACUGAGAGAGCACAAGGACCGAGGGUUUGAUGGCAUUUUGCAGCGUUACUCUUAAUCAAACAUGUCACUUUCAGACGAUCUGACUGUUUAAUGAGUUGUAGUGAUACAGGCAUGUUGAUGCCGAGAAAGGCCUUAAAAUGGAUUUGGCAAUCACCAGGGACAUGUUUGCCCCUGGGUUUUCUAGUAAGCUGUGAUUGUAGACAUAUAGUAAGCUUAAGUGAUGAAGCUUCACCUGCACUUUGCUGUGAGAAUGUAAGUGAUGGCUAGGUACUAAUUUUCUGUGUGAUUCACGCUGUUGAUCCGAGCCGGGCAACUUUCUGCCCCCUCCCCCCCAUCCCGGUAAAAAAAAUGCCCGCCUGCUCGGGCCAACGUGGGUGAGAAAAUCCGAGUGCAGCUCUGCGCGGCUCAGGUCAUCUUUGUGUGGAAGCAGUGUUAGCUGUGGGUAAAGCUGUCUGAAAAAACUGUUGUGCUGUUGAAGUUGUGUGGGCCUGCUGAACCCUAUAAUAACCCCCUCUUUUUUAAGCCAUGCCACCGCAGAACAAAGUAAGGUCGCUCCAGUGACAGCUUCCUCUGAGCUAUGCCAUCAGAACUUUGAAAAUUGUCCUUUUUUUUCUUGUAUGUUUUUUUAAACGUUUUUUUUUUUUUUUUUCCUCUCUCCGGUUGUUUUAUUGUUUUGAUCCAAAAAGGUUUGUGUGGCGGUCUGCAGGCUGGAACUAAAACGCUGCAGAUUGAAAUCUCAACUGUGACCUAUAGCUGUGGCUAACUGUGAAUCUGCUGCAGAGCUGCCCAUCAAGCCUUUCUCCUCUUCACACUCUAGAUUCUUUUUUGUUGGUUGGUUUAUUUCUCUCUAUCAUUUUGUUUGUCUUGUUUUUUUUUUGUUAUCUCAACAGUUCAGAUCAGCCUUUUGUUAAGCUACCUUAUGUUUUGGGGAUAUUUGAGUGUACAUAAAACACAUCUUUUUAUUUUUUUUCCACCAAACAUGUAUGUUUCAGUUUCUAGUAAUAUUUUCCUGUUACGGUUUUAAGGUUCUGGUCAAGUUUUGGUUCAAUUACUAAUUUAUGUUGUAAUUCCAUAUUACCUAAGAAUUUGUUGUUACUUUUUAUGGUUCUGUAUUUUUCUUUGUUUUGUUUUUUUUCGUAUGAAUUGUUGGCUUUAAGCUCGAUAUUGUAUCCAAACGUAGAUCAAUGGAAUCUACAAAAAUAUUUAAAAAAUAAAUCUCCCCUUUUCUAGCCAAAGUGCUCUCUAUGAAACCAGAGAGUUUCCAAAGCAAAAUAUUUAGACGGAGCCCGUCUGUUAAGCUACAUUCACAACGUUGAUAAGCCUCGUUUAGAAUCUAGCCUCUAACUCUCUGCCACAGUAAGAUGAAAAUCAAUAUCGUUCAACUGUUGUACUCUAGCAAUUCGAUUGACACAAAUCAUAUACAUUGAAUGCACUUUAAACUUCUGGGCAGUUUCUUCAAUCCUAAAGAAAUGCAUUUGUGGUAUUUGUCCUUUUUUAAAUGUCUAUAUAGAUUAAGGCCUAAUAAUCAUGGUAUUAUCAUGGAGCACCUUAGAACAUUUUAGUUUAGUUUUUUUAUGGGAAGAAUGAGACAUGAGUUUGUUUUUCUGUCAGUCAGUUAUGCCCCUGACAUGCCAAUGCUCCAGGCAAGCUUGAUAAUCUUUGGAGCUCUUCGAAAACCCGAUGUCCAUUAGUGAAAUGAUGUUGAAACUGGAUUCCAUAUCUCAACCAUGGCCUCAUGAACAAUAGAUGGCUUACUUGGCAAAUUGACAAGCAAAAGCCAACAACUCUUUUAUCAACAUGAUCAAUUUUCCACCAAAACAAUUUUCACCAAUCUUAAGAUAUUUACCUAUGAAAUGUGCAAGAUGACUGGAAUAUGUGCUUUAACUUGUUGUGUCAAGAUGCUGGUUAUGUGUAGAUAAGACUUAUUAUAUGGAGAUGAUUGUGUAUUUUUACAAAUGAGUGGUAAUUAUAAGCCAAACCAUAGAGAGCUGAGGUCAAGGUAAAGAAAGGGGCUGAUGCUGACUGAGCAAUCAGCAGGGUUUGCACAAAAAAUGGCUCAUGCCAAGCUAAGAGCUUAGUGAAUCUUAAGCCACCAAAAUAGUUACACGUUAUUGAUAUAUUUUUUUGAGUUCCUAAAAAAGUCACCUCCUUUAGUGUCCUUUAGUUUUUUUUCCCUCUGUACAAAGGAACAUGUGAGAUUUGUGUGUGCGAGCAUGUAUUUAAAAUACAUGCCAUUUAAAAGAAAAAAGAUUUCUGCUGUGCAAAGCAACCUUGCUGAAAAGUCUGACACAUUGUUGUGUAUCGUGUUUGUGUUUGUUUCUUUGUUGUUUGAUGCCAAAAGGGGGUGUGGUUUCAAAGGCUGGUUUCCUGGAGCGUGAUUAAGACUAAUCCUUUAACUAAAACCAUCUUUAGUGGAUGAAAGCUGCAUGGAAGUACUGUUUUUAACCCAGAUCUGGCUUCAUCUGUGAUGUCAAGGCCAAUCUCUAUCAAAUGUACCAUGUCACUUGUAGAGGAGCAGUUUGGGAUUUAGCAGCAUAUUGGUAACAUACACCAAUACGUAACCUGGCAGAUCCGUUAACGGAUGCUGUCGGCCAGUGUGGCUCUGUAACAGCACCAGACCUUCCAGUACUCUCACUGUCACUCAAGUAGAGCUAGGAAGAAAGUGUAACUUCGCAGGAUCUGUGAUCCUCUUCCUGUGCCGCCUUUAGGUCGUUACUCUCCUGACAUUUAUAUGGACUAGAUUUUAAAAUGCACAUCUUAUCAAGUCAAAAGCAGAUCCUCUCCUCCUAGCUUGGUGUUUUUGGGGUAUGUUGUGAACAACUUCCGAAGCUCUAGAAGUGAGAAAGCUAAUGUUGCUUUUUGACAGUUUCAUUGGUAAAAAGAGAUUUCUAGCUUCACUGUGUGGAACAAGAUAAAUGGCAUCUCACAGUUUUUGCAACCAAGGGUUCACAAGAACCAUUAGUGUUUGAGCCUCAGAUACAAUGUCAGACUUACUUCUAAAUGAGAGGAACACAUUGCUAGGCCUAUAUUUUUCUUAAGGUUAUCAGUAACUUUGUAUACAAUCCACAAACCGGUUCUACUUCAUCUAACUUCACCGUCCUACCUCAUUGUUACUCUGGUGUUUGUUUGUCAGUGACUGUAAACUAUGUGUGUAUAUUAAAAAAAAAAAUCUAUAGGAAAAAGGUAUACCUGGUUACUCUCAACAUGUAUAGCAUAUAAAAGUUGUUAAACACCUUAGUACAGAAAUAUCAUUCUUAAGAGAAAUCCGUUUUAUUACGAGCUUAAAGAUGCUGCUGUAAAGGGGUGUCUGCGUGAGGGGUCGUCUCAGAAUAUAUAUACCUUCGCUCUUUGCUAUGUCGUGCAGUUGAUCAGUGGUUGUGUUCUGUCUCUGUAUUGCAUUCUGAGAUUUUUACUGGUUGACGGUGCUACCAGCAAACAGUUCAAAAACUGAUCUAUUGGACCUCAAAUGGUGCUGUUUUCUAUGUUUUUAUCCUCAUACAGCUAUGUUUUAUUCAGGUGUGUCAACCGCCACUACCCCCUCAGCUAAUCAAAUUUUAAGCCAAAAUAUUUCGCUAAACCAGUAACCCUGCUAUUACUGUAUCAACUAUAUGCUAUCCAUCCAAAUAUUGUAGAUAGUGAAUAUAUCCUCAGCUGUGAGUUUCAGAAGUACCUCAGAACUUGCUUAUUUUCAAUGGAUGCAUCUGCUUCUAGGACCUGUGGUCUACCAAUAUCACAUUGUUGCAGUGUAUUUUUCAGAUAUAUGCAUUUUUAAUGGUUAGAUCAGGUUACAGUAUCGAUAUAGUACGUGAUUAUUAACUCACACUCAAACGACUGAUAAACUUAAUGGAUACCACUGUUCACUGGUUUCAUGCCAGGUUGUCAUAAAGGAAUUCUCAGUUGGAACGGGAAAUGUAUGUUACAGUAGAAGAUGUCCUCAGCUAAGUAUAUAUACAUAUAUACAUGAAUAUAUAUUUAUAUAUAUACUUUGCCUCAAAGUUAAGUUGUUUCACAGGAGACAGAUUCCAUUGGUAGGUCUUGUUUUAUGGACUAAAAAGUCAUUAGGUUGAAUUAAUGAAAUUUGUCAAAAUGUCAUAGCGUUCACUUGAGAGUCUUCAGGGUACUGUUUGGGAAGUCAGUUUUAAAAUAUAUGUAUCUGGUUAUAAUUUUAACCUGUGAUUCCCGAGAUGUAUAUCUUUGUCCCUGGCUACUGUUGAAAUAAUUUAAACGUACUUUUCUGUGUUAAAAAUCUGAAUUUUGUCUAUCAAAUUGUUUAUGAUUGACUUACUGUGAGCUAAAGUCACAUGUGCAGCAUCAUGCAGUGUCUGAACUAAUUAAACAAAAAAGUGCAUUAUAGUUUCCUUUACCCUGUGCAGUGACACCAAUGGAAUCUUUUCUGCACCAAAGUGUUUGCUGUAUGUUGAGUGUUUUCGGUAUGUAUGCAUUUAUUCCUUGUUUCUGUGUUUUUUUUACUCUGAUCAUGUCUGUGAACAUGACAUGUUGCUGGGGAAUUUGUUUCUACUGUGAGAAAUGUGUGUUUGAAUACAUAGGAGCUGGUUUCAUGGAAGAACUUAAGCCAUCCGUUGGACUGUUCUCAUAAUGGUUCAAUUGUAAGCUUUGCUCUGGUCCAGGGAUUUGACCCAGAGAGUUUUGUGUGUAAUUGAAUUCCUAUGCAGGUGUUGUGUUGUGAUCGCCUAGUACCACAUCACCGCUGGGUGGAGGGUCAGCCAGGGAGAAAGGCGACUGGCCAAUGUUCAAACCUUUGAAUGUGUCUGCACAGCCUUGAGAUUGAGUCGAAGGGGACAAUGGCGAUAUGACAAAUCCGUACAGAGCUAUUACUACAUUUUCACACCCACAGAGUUGAACUAAACUGAGCUCUACAGGGCUGUUUGGGUAUAUACCGGUCUGUAAUAGUUGUAACCGCAUUGCAAUGAUCAUUGGGGGAAGACAGGGUUAUCACUGUAUGGAGUAUUUCCAGCUGAUAUGGUAAUGUGAAAAGAAUAUUAAGACUAUUGCAGUGAACACUCCCUCACCCUACUUCAGCCUCCCAGAGGCACAACUGUACAUUUACAGAAAAGUAUAUGCGAUAGACAGUGUUCAUGUCUUUGCUAAACCGGCCACACCUCUGCUAUGCGAGCAACUCUUUGACGCUUAGCAUCCUGUUCUGUGUUUUCUCUUGCUGCAUUCAGGAACACCUGUGUAAUGUAUAGAUAAACUGAAAUAAAUCCAGACUUUUAUUCUAUCAGCACAAACCUCU